AUGGAAUCGCAGAAGCCCACUGUGAAGGUGCAAGAAGAGAAGCAGAAGGGACAAGAAGAUCAAAAACCGAAAGUAAUAGAAUGGGAGGAUUACGAGCAAGAGCUGGCGCGACUCUGUAGUUUGACAUCCGCACUUGAUGAAGCGAAGCGCAGGAAGAAUAAUCUUGAACAGAAACUCAAUUCCCUUAUACAAGUAGAAGCCCAAACAUUAAGCUGGACAAAUGAGCUCAAUGAGAUGCAUGAAAAAUUGGAAUCUCGUAAAUUGGUGAUGGGAAACAUGUCAAUGCAUUCAAAGGUUGUAGAGGAGAAAGUAAGGAAGCAGGAGGAGCAACUUAGUUCUGAAAUUAGAUCUUUAUUGGUUGCUGGAGCUGCUCUUUCUGCAGCCAACAAACGCAUGCAGGACUCAAAUAGGUCACUCACUGGAGAAAAAAGUUGUGUUCAUCUAAAAAACCUGCAGAAGUCAUUGAGACUGAGACAACGAUAUAUGGUAUCACAAGUUUCACUCCUUUAUCCUGUGAAGGUUGUAAUUGGACGUGCUCCUGAGCAAGAACUUGAAUCAUUCACUAGCAGUAUCAAAUCAGGUGUUCCAUCUGGAUCAAAACAUGUUGAUCAAGGCUCUUUGACCAUCUUGGGUCUGCAUCUCACUGUGAUCCCUUUUACGAAGAUGAGUUUUUUCACUGAUAAGAAGGAGCUUCAGAGAUCUUCGACUGCCCUGGGAUAUGUAGCACACGCUGUCUCACUCAUCGCUUCUUAUUUACAAGUUCCUUUGCGUUAUCCUUUACGGAUAGGAGGUUCUCGAUCAUAUAUACGUGAUUAUGCACCUGCAAUUGAUCAUUCAAUGUCCAGUUCAGACUCUUAUUCAGAAAGUUUGACAAGUUCGAAGCCGGUAGAAUUCCCUCUCUUUAUAGAAGGGCAAGACUUCACAAGAGCAGCUUAUGCUAUGUUCUUGCUAAAUAAGGAUUUAGAGCAGCUCCUAAAUUUUAUUGGAGUCAAGAGCUUAGGACCACGCCAUGUUCUAGCUAAUUUGAAGGAGCUUUUGAGGACCAUCCUUUCUUCAGAAUAUAUCGAGAUGUAA